GUUGCACAAGAAUCGGUUAUGAAACACCUGCGUUCAUCGAAUGUCUCGAAAUUUACGGAUAAUAUGCGUCGCUUUAACGAGAUACGUUUGGCCCAUUUGGGUUUAAGGUUCUGGCGUCGAAAUAAUGCAUUUUGGAUUAAUCUAACAAUUGUGUGCUUAAGUGCUGCCAAUGUGGCAUUCUUUGCAUAUGGUUCGCUGGUCUUUAGUUUGAAUCACGUCGACGUAAUACCCUUAGCUUGGAUCUCAUUCUUUUCACCACAUUUAAUUGUCAGCAGUAUUGUGAUACUGUUCAAUGCCAUGAUGCAGACUCUGGCGUUGGGUCAUGAACAAUCUCUGUUGAGCCAUUUCUUCGAAACCGAAGUAUCGCGUCUAACAGACAACUUGCAGAAAUACAAUGGAAUGUCCUGUGUCCUCGCGAUAUUGUUUUAUUGUUUGGUGCGAAGUAAAUAUUUGAUACACCUUGUGGAACAAUUUGAAUGGAUUGAAUUGAGAUUUUCACGUUUAAGUGUUCGAUUUGUGCAGAAGAAUUAUGCAGCAUGGAUAAAUUUGAGAAUUGUUGUGAUGCUGCUCGCCAAUAUUGGUUUUGUUUUAUAUGGUUCGCUGGGUGUAUUUAUGCGGAAUGGGGUUUCGAUAUCUGCCAUGACCACAAUUUCGUUUUAUUCACCUAUAUUGGUGGUUAGUUGUGUGGUUGUCAUAUUCAGUUCGAUAUUGGAGAAAUUAAUUACUUAUUUGAAGGUUAAUAAUAAGGUCCUCAAAAAUCUCAGCCAUCAAUGGGACACACGCAGCAUUAAGGCCAUUACCCAAAAACAACGUUCCCUACAAUGCUUGGACUCCUUCUCCAUGUAUACCAUAGUUUCGAAAAAUCCCUCGGAAAUCAUACAAGAAUCUAUGGAAAUACAUCAGCUAAUUUGUGAAGCAGCAUCGACAGCCAAUAAAUAUUUUACCUAUCAACUACUGACCAUAAUUUCAAUUGCAUUCCUGAUCAUUGUUUUUGAUGCCUAUUAUGUCCUUGAAACACUCCUGGGUAAAUCGAAACGAGAGAGUAAAUUUAAAACUGUGGAAUUUGUCACCUUCUUCUCCUGUCAAAUGAUUUUGUAUUUGAUUGCAAUCAUUUCCAUUGUCGAGGGCAGUAAUCGGGCAAUUAAGAAGAGCGAAAAGACGGGCGGUAUUGUCCAUGCUCUAUUGAAUAAAGCCAAAACCCCUGAAGUCAAGGAGAAGCUACAACAAUUCUCAAUGCAACUGUUGCAUUUGAAAAUAAGUUUUACCGCUGCUGGCCUAUUUAACAUCGAUCGAACGCUAUAUUUUACGAUAAGCGGUGCCCUAACCACAUAUCUCAUCAUUUUGCUGCAAUUCACUUCAAGUGGCCCUCAGAGUCUCUGCGAUAAUGGAAAUUCGACGGCUAUUGCAAAUUUAACGCAACAUUAG